ACAAGUCCCUGAUACCUCAAUUUGAACCGCCGAGUCGCUGCUGACCAUACCAGAGCAUCUGUGGCUGUAACAAAGAGCAGGGUGCUGAAUCCUCUGAUGCAUGCUCUUGGUGUAGACAAUCUGUUCAGAUUAUCUGGAAUCAGUAAAAAUCUGUGGAGCCUCGGGGCAAUAGGAGCUAGCACCGCGACCGCUAUAGAUUGUUGGCGACCACGUCUCUACCAGCCGCACCGAAAUAUUUAUAGCAAAUCAGCAGCUUCUGGUGGAUCACUCACAAAUCUGCAUACCAUUUCUAGCUCUUGUGCAUUGAAGAGAAGAAAAUUCGAAUUCAACAGGUCCUCGACUUCAGCAAACAUGGGCGACUCAAGCAAACCUAUCCGAUAUGUUGAUAUCGGAAUCAAUCUCAGUGACCCUGUCUUCAUGGGUAAUUACCAUGGAAAGCAAGUUCAUGACAACGACAUGGAUGACAUUGUCCAGCGAGCUCAGGAUGUGGGUUGCGAGAAAUUUAUGGUGACAGGCUCCGACUUGGAGGAGUCGCGGCGGGCUAUUGAGAUUGCACAGAAGUAUCCGGGGUUCUGCUAUGCUACGGUUGGAAUUCACCCGUGUCAGGCGAAGCUCUUUGAUAAACAUCCUGGCGGACCUGCAAAAAUGCUAGAUGAGCUUAGAACGCUAGUGUUCGAGGCCAAAGCAUCAGGCCAAGCUGUUGCGUUUGGGGAGUUUGGUCUAGAUUACGAUCGGCUUUCCUUGAGCGCAAAGGAGCCCCAGCUGAAAUAUUUCGAAGCUCAAUUGGAUCUGGCGGUGGAGGUGCAACUCCCUCUCUUUCUCCAUUCCAGAGCUGCCAGCGAAGAUUUCGAACGUCUUCUGGCGCCCCGCCUUGAGAAGCUUCCGAAGAAAGGCCUCGUGCACAGUUUUACUGGAACACUUGACGAGAUGAAUCGAAUGGUUGCCCUAGGUCUCGAUGUCGGUGUUAACGGCUGCAGUCUGAAAACGGAGGAGAACCUGGAAGUAGUCAAGGCCCUGCCACUUGAACGGCUUCAGAUUGAGACUGAUGGUCCUUGGUGUGAAAUCCGUCCCUCUCAUGCAUCUGCGAAGUAUCUCGAAGGAGCCCCUCCGCUUCCCAAGGCUGUGAAAAAGGAGAAAUGGCAAAAGGGACUUAUGGUGAAGGGUCGCAAUGAGCCUGCAGCAAUCGCCCACGUUGCGCAUGUCAUCGCCAAAGUAAAAGGCAUCACUGUCGAGGAAGUUUGUGAAGCGUAAGUCCAUUCUCUUUCUAUUACCCUCUUCUCGGUUUCCGAUGUGACAUGGAAUAUUGAUUCAAUGAGCAGUGCAUGGAACAACUCAAUCCGGAUGUUUGGGCUUGGUGUCGAUACACCAUAAAUUCUGUUCAUGAUAUCUUUCCCGGUCGUUGCCCAAUCCGGGGGAGAACACCGUCCCGCAAAUUAUGAAUACUAGAUCCUUAGAUAUA